GCUUCAGAUUGAACCAUUGCCACUGACACCUGUAGUGGCUCUGGCACAUCUGAAUGAUUGAUUAAUCACAUUUACUUGACAUCUCUGGAUAGGUGAUGCCUAAAACAAUAUUGAUUUUGUACCUCAGGUCUAUGAGACUUUUUCCCAUUACUACUUUUCGUCCUGAAAGCCAAGGUGUUUCGUGGCUUUUGUGGUUUCCUUUCCAUCAGCAGCCAAUUUAGACUUUGGACACAAGACACACCCCUGUUUAAAGACUUUCCAAAGAGGAACAUGAGUACUGAGGGGACCACAGCAGCAACCACAUCCUGUCCACCUUAUAUUAAAACAGUUGGUGGUGAUGUUGAAGAAGUGAAAGUUUAUCAUUUGCACACAGUGUUCAAUCCACCCACAUCUGCAACAGAGGAAGAUAUUUUCAAAGUUCAGGCACCUGUCCCUGUCUAUAGGUCCUCCCCACCCACGUACAAGUUUGUCAGCUACGAGACUGUACCGGGACGAUCCCCAGGGGUGACCACCUGCACUUCCUGUCAACAGCAGGUCAUGACAAAUGUCACCCACAAAGCUGGUGCUUUUGCUUGGCUAAUGUGCUUUGUCUUCAUUUUCUGCGGAUUGUUUUUUGGCUGCUGCCUCAUUCCGUUCUUUGCCAAACGCUUCAAAGACGUCUACCACUCCUGCCCAAGGUGUAAUCGGAUUCUUCAUGUUGAGAGGUCAUCCUGCUGUUGACCAAUGUGACAUUACACAAAGCACUUGGUGUGAAAAAGAAAAAGUUACACCUUUGCAGAAUUCACUACUUUUAGACCCGCAAAUUCAAAUAUCAAGCAGCGCAGUAUCCUCUACCCUUGCGCAUGCAGGUUUGUAAUACCCCUGUAUAACUCAUCCUUCAUGUUUCCCUCAUUGCCAUGGUAUUAGAUUAACUAGAUUAUAGCAAAUGGGGGGGUGAAAUUGUUCGAUUUUCAAUGUGUACAACAAUUGGUUUUAUGUGCAAUUAAAUAUUAAAAUGUGA